AUGUCAAACCAACGUAAUACAUCGAACUUCAAUGCUAAUGAUGAUAGCGAUUCACAUUCAUCGUCUGACGAAAAUGAAGAACAUUCAAGAACAUCGAAUAAUCACCAUUCAACACCUGUUAAUAUAGGUCAUGCAGAACUUGCUUCGAAUGAAGCAUCUCAUGAUUUAGAACCAAUGACAAAUGAACAAAUCGAUGGACUUAUUAUUUGUCCAGUUCAUCAUAAUGAAAUACCAAUAUUAUUAUUAGAAGAUUGGUUGAUAUUAAUGUGGUUUUGUUUAUUCUAUUAUCAAUUUUAUGAUUUAUUAUUUUUCGUACUUAUUAUUUACGAAAUGAUGAAUUAUAGAAAUCGAUCAACUUUGCAAGUGUCUCAAUCUCAAUUAGGGCCUUUCAAUUUACCCAUUGAUCAUUAUUUUCGCGUGGAUCGAGAUGCACAAGCAGAAAAUCGUGCAGGUCAUCCAGUCGAUGAAACUUUCACAUUUUCCACAACUGUGAUGACCGCCGACGAUGAACCAUUAGGAAUUCAAGACACACAACCACACGGUACAGAAGUUCUGGCAGGUUUAAAUAAUGCUCGACCUACAUAUUUUAUCAUAAAUGAUGAAAAUGGUGAUGUCAAUGAAGAUGCAACGUCAUAUACAAUGACGAAUGGUAAUAUCAUUGCUCAAAAUCUACAAAUUGGCGUAAAUAUUCAAGUUAUGAAUAAUAACGAAAAUGAGCCACCACAAACUGUAGUUGAUGAUUCAACAUGUAAUAUAAACCCUCUGGACUCGGUCGAAUCGCAAGAUGAUAUACAGUCUAGUGAUAGUAGUGAUGAAGAAGAUCCAAUUUUAGGUUCAGAAAGUGGUUUUGAUGGUGAUGAUGAAUAUGAUUCAUCUGAUGAUAAUGAAGAAAGAGACCAAAUAAUAGAAAAUGCUGAAAAUCUCAAUAAUCAUCAGUUAGAUCAAACAAAUCUUGAUAAUGAACAACGAACAAGAACGGAUACAAUUUUAUUACAUAAUGAAGCAAUGGAAAUGCGAGAAAAUGCUUCUGCUCCAAUCGAAGGUGUUCAACAAACAAUAGAAGGUGCUACUUGUCGAACACCUAUACACAAUCAGAAACAAACAAGUCCUACUAACUUAAAUACCGAAUCAAGUGAAGAAAGUACUAAUUAA